GAAUAUAUUACUAUCUUGAGGAAAAGUGUUGGACGGUGUUCUCAGUCAAGCGGCUCACCAUGGCUCCGCUAGCCGACAUCACGAGCUACUUGGGCGGUCUGGAUGCUGGGCACAUCGCGGCUCCGUUCUUCCUGCCCGCGGCGGACUCGCCGGUUCUUCUGAGUGACCACCUCGCCCAGAGCGAAAGCAGGUUAUCGCGAAGCGCCACCACCGACUUGGUGCACUUGCAGGGGAUACUGCGAAGGAGACAGCUGUACUGUAGGACUGGCUUCCAUUUGGAAAUCCUUCCUGGCGGAACAGUGCAGGGGACCAGGCGGGACCACAGCCCAUUCGGGAUUCUGGAGUUUAUCAGCAUAGCUGUGGGAUUGGUCAGCAUUAGGGGUGUGAAUAGUGGCCUCUACCUGGGAAUGAACGAUAAAGGAGAACUGUAUGGCUCAGAGAAACUGACAGCAGAAUGCAUCUUUAGAGAGCAAUUUGAAGAGAAUUGGUACAAUACGUAUUCUUCAAAUCUGUACAAACACAAUGACACAGGAAGACGAUAUUUCAUUGCACUCAAUAAAGAUGGAUCUCCAAGAGACGGGAGCAGAUCCAAAAGGCAUCAGAAGUUUACACAUUUCUUGCCAAGACCCGUGGAUCCUGAGAAAGUACCUGAACUCUAUCGAGAUUUAUUAGGAUUUAGCUGAAGCUGUUCAAUAUCUGAUGAAGAAGAAAUAUUUAACUUUUCUUCACAGAAGCAAGGACAUCGAACAACAGCUUCCUACAGCUGUAAGCAAUGUGGAGAGAGGGUGCCCUCUCAGAGAUGUGGCCUUAGUUUCUUCAAAUAGGAAGCGCUACAAAUGCGCAAAUCAGCUGCUUCAAAGACCUCCAGUCUUCAGAAGGUCAGAAGUGCACAGUGUUCAAUGUCAUUCCUGACUAUUCAGAAUGGAAGAAAUGUGUAUCCAUAUGUAGCAAGGCCUUGACAAUAUCCAGACUUGGUCUCAAAAGUGGCAAGGAGCAGGCAAUGACCAUCUCUAACAAGAAAAAACCGACCAUGUUCCCUUGACAUUCAAUGGCAUUAUCAUUGCUGAACACCCAUUAUGAAUAUCAUCUGAAUUACUAACGUCAGGGCUAUCAUUAGCCAGAGACUAAAUUUGACCAACAGCUGCUCGGAAACUAGGAAUUCUGUGACUCACUUCCUGACUCCCAAAAGGUAGCUUACUGUCUACAGGCACAAAAGAUAUGUUGGAUACUGUCUACUUGCCUAAAUGAAUUCAGUUCCAACAACACUGAAGAAGCUCAACACCAAGUAGGAUAAAACAAGUUUGAUUUGUAUGCCACCCACCAAUCUCAGCUUAUCCUUCCAUCACUGAAACAUAUUGGCAGCAGUACUUACCAUCUACAAGAUGCACCACAGCAACUCACCGAGGCUGCUUCAGCACAUCUUUUAAAACUUGUGACCUCUACCAUCGAGGACAACAAGGAAAGCACAUAUAUGGAACACCACCACUUGCAAGUUCAACCUGAAGUCGCACACUGUCCUGACUUAGAGCUACAUUGCUGAUUCUUUAUUGUCACUGGGUCAAAAUCCUAGAACUCUCACCUUAAUAGGUCUGUGUGUAUCCCUAUAGCUCAUGAGGGGAAUUGGUUCAAGAGAUGGUGUACCACCAACUUACCAAUGGCGAUUAGGGAUGGACAACAAAUGUUGGCUGAGCCUACAACGCCUACAUUGUCUGAAAGAAAUAAAAGUACCUGGCCUGGAUUUUACACUUUAAAUUUUACGAGUUUGCAAGUUAUUGAUAUCAGCAAUGUUAUGUUUUAGCAGCUGAUGAAGGGAGGUGGCUUGUUUUGAUCAUCGGCUUCAACGUGCCCUGCUGCCAGUGCCUUCUUCUUGGGAUUCAAGUUAAAUUCACACAAUAGUGUCACAAAAUCUUUUCUUCGGUAACUGGAAGAAUAUCACCUCGGUAAAAUGUCAACUGUGAAGAGUACUACUAGACUUUUCACUCUUAACACAGAAUAUCACCAUAUUGAAAGAAUUACUUUUCGUGCAUUGACAUGACCUUUGACCAAAAAUGUGGGCAGAACCUAAAUUCACAUUGUCUUAGGCAACGUUGGAUGUAUUUAUACAAUUCCAAAUGACAUAUAUUUAUUUUAUAUAAUAAUUUAUUAAGCAGAGUUUAUUUUUACUGAGCAAUGUACAGGUGAGAUUAAGAAAAGCACAAAAUGAACUGUGCCAUUAUUCACUCAGAGAAUCUUUCAAUGCAAACAGCAAUUACUGUGUAAUUGAACAAGAGGUACCAU